AUGAGAGGGUGGCGAAAGUCACGUACUCUCACGAAGGAGUUUCACGCAGUGUGUGACAGGUGUAAAGGCUGGUCGUUGCGAAAAACCCGAGCUACUACAGCGAAUGAACAUGCUAACUGGACGGGAGAUGAGAGCAUACAAGAUGCUGUGCUUCGUAUGCUCGUCGACAAGUACAAGCCUUUGCGGAGCGGUACCCUUCAGUCUGCAGACCAGAAAUUGAAACGAGCGCCGCCUGCAAUCAGCUCUGCUGGGACAUAUCACGGCGAGUUUAGCGCUGUAUCUGAGGAGACGAAGCCCUCUUCGUCCAAGCUGUUACAGCCUUCUACGGGUUCUUGGGCGACAGAGUCUUUGCUGCCGUCGACAGAAGGACAUAGGCCAUGGCACACCGAAUUCAAGGUUCCUUCUCAUGUCAGCGCUUCUGUCAAAGUUGCAUAUUUUCCUUUGACUUCUUCGGGACCAUCAGCUUCAAUGCACUCUGUUGAUGAGCUAACGAGGAAAAAAGAGAAAGAGGCUAAGAAGCGAGUUGAGCAUGUAGGGAGGUUGAGUCGGGCGCGGGAAUCUACUUUGGACUAUCGUCUAGGGAUCAAGAAGGGUUCUGAGGGGAUGGGAAGGCGGCCGAAUCCUGUGAGCAUGAAAGGAUGGGCUGCGCUGGUCGAAGACAAGAUAGAGAAAGCCCGUGUUUCUGGCGUCUUCAAUACCGUUAAGGGCCGCGGUCAACCUAUGGCACGAACCGUAGAAGAGAGCAAUCCUUUCAUUGGUCGCGAGGAGUUCCUUAUGAACCGUAUCGUUCAACGAAAUGGUGCAGCACCUCCCUGGGUUGAACUACAAGGGGAGCUUGAUAUAGCUGUCCAGUCGUUUCGAGAGCUCUUGCGACAGUCUUGGAUUCGCCAAACACUGCGCAACCUCACCACCAACCACCCAGUUUCGAUACUUGCACAGUUUACUGUCAGCGACGUGAAACGCCACAGAGACCCCGAUUGGGAAAUGCGGGAACGAACGUAUCAUGAUGCCGCCGUGGAGGAGGUGAAUGCGUUGGUCCGGAAGUAUAAUGGACUAGCGCCGUACGCUGUCCGGCGGCCCUAUUACAAUCGAAGUGUGGAAAUAGGGAUGCUGUAUGAGAAUUGUGCAGACGAUAUCGUGAAACAACUGGCAGAACGAGUGAAGGGUGGACAAGAUGGUGGAACGCCAGGAUAUCGUUCAGAGGCAGAGGCCCACCAUGAACCUGGGGAAAUGGUUAAAAGAAUUCGGUUCAGAGACCUUUUCCUUGCGUGGUGGUAUAGAUUACUUGGGAGGUGGAAUUUACACUAG